UGAUAAUUGAUAUAUCGUAUAACCACUACUACUUUGAACUGUGAUCAUACUGAAUUUUGUACAAUAUAAUUUUAAUAACAGUGAUUACAAUAAACUUUCCAAAAUUCCGGUCCCUACUAAAAAACGAGAGUGUGCCUACCCGGGUAGAAGCGAGGCAGGCAAAAUGAACACUAAACGGAAAAAUCGUUCAAACUCGAACUCUGCCAGGUCUCCAAGAGCUCGUGGAACUGAAAGAAAUGUUGCUCUGGAUGGAGUCUAUAAUAAUUCAUACUUUAUGAAUUCAGUUACAUCAUUAGUUGGUAGUAUUAUAAAGGUGCAUACAUCUACAGGAGUUAUAUUUGAAGGAAUAUUUAGAACAUUCUCAGCUCAAUUUGAAGUGGUGGUCGAAUUAGCUCAUAAAGUUGAUCCUUCUAAUCCUCUCCAAAUUCAUAUAGAUUCAGUAAUAGAGAAAAUAAUAUUUAAAGCCCCUGAUAUUAUUAAGCUUGAAAUAAUCGAUGCGGAUAUUGAUUAUGCUACAAGAGAUACCUUUCAGACUGAUACUGCCAUCAGUAAAUUUAAUGGCCAGGUAACUGAAAAGGAAUUAGAGCCUUGGGAUUGUGCGGGGAAUAAUGUUGAUGAAUACGAAUUAGAUGGAACUACUUCAAAUGGUUGGGAUGUAAAUGAAAUGUUUCGGCAAAAUGAACAGAUGUAUGGUGUAACCUCAAAUUUUGAUCAUGGGCUUUCUGAUUAUACAACACCUCUCCAGAACAAAGAUUCCAAAGAUUACAAGGAUGCUGAAGCAAAAGCUGCUAAAAUAGCUAAUGAAAUUGAAAGUAAUCCUAAUUACAAGGUACGUAUAGACAUGGAAAAUGGAGAGGAGGAAGAUAAAUAUGCAGCAGUAGUUCGCCCAUCUUCCUCAGACAGCAGUCCUAAUAGUGAAGGAAAUAAGUAUGUCUGCCCCCCAAAAAGGAAAACUGUUCAAUCAAAAACAAAUGUUAGGACAUCUUCUGUGCCUCCUGUUCAAGUCGGCAAUAACAAUUCAAUCAAAUCAUCUUCUAAUUCUUCAUUUCCUCAGCAUCACCCUCCAGCAUCUCAAACUGUUACUCCUACAAGUUUGACUAAUAAUAAUUCUAGAGAGCGAGUAAAUGGAAUAUCUGAAUCUCCAAAACCCCAAAGAACAACCUUAACUACAAGACAUGCACGAAGUUUUGCGAGUAGUGAGCCUUCUCGUUUCAAUCAAACACAAAAUGUUACCACCCAAACGACAACCCCUUGUAAUAAUGUCUCCACUGAGACAUCACGAAGUUCAGUCAAUCAUAACCACAACCACAUUAACUAUUCAACCAAUAAUGUCAUUUCAUCUUCAGAUCAUCAUCAUAGGAAACCACCAAUUUUACAACAUCCUCCUGAACACCAAGGAUCUACAUCACUAAAUAUUCCUAGAAAAGUAUCUAGAGGUAGAGAUGAUCAAAUAUCUGAACUUAAAAAAUUUCAAUCAGAUUUCAAAUAUAAUGAAGGAACUGAAGAGAAAAAACCAACAGCAAAUGAAUCAGAAAUAACAAACAUCCAGACCAUUUCCAGAACUGUAGAAACACCUACAGAAGCUACUAUUUCUCGACCUUCUUCGGGUGGUAAUCCAGAAUCAACUGAUUCAAAAGCUUUAAAAUCUAAACUGAAUCCCAAUGCCAAAGAAUUCAUUUAUAAUCCAAAUGCAAAACCAUUCACACCGAGGUCAGCUAGUACUCCUACACAAUCAAGGCCACAUACACCACAAACUCCUGGAUAUGGAGGGCCUGUUCCCCCCUUGCAGGCAAUGGUAAUGCCUACUUAUGUUGUUGCAGCUGCACAGUCUCCUUAUGCUCAACAACCUAACCAGGCAAACAGAUAUCGUAAAGUUCAUAUGGGCAUGUCUCAGCCUUCUCAAAUGCAAGUGGCAGCUGCAACAGGACAACCUUUAUUAGCUCCUGCGCCCAUGCAUACUCAAUUUACUGUGCCUUAUUCACCUCAAGCACAUAUUGCUCCUCAGCCAUAUCAGCAGAUGGUGCGAAUGGUUGCUCAACAAAGUGGAGGUAUGGUGCCUCCUGUGUUAACAGCCAUAAAUUAUCCACCUGAAGGUACUCAAACACAAAUGCAGUUUAUGGGCCCUGGAAGUAUUGGUCCCCAUCCACAUCAUCCACCUCAUGUUCAUCCCAGUCAAAAUACUUCAUCAUCACCCCAAGCUAAUAGUGGCCAGCUUGGUAAUGCAUCUUCAACUUCAGGAGGUAGCAAUGCAAGUGGUGGUGGUGUUUCUAAUUCAAGUGCUGGUCCACCCCCACCUUCAUAUCCUCCUUCACCAGCUAAUAGCUAUUCUCAACCACCACCUGCUGGUCCUGGUGCACCUCACCCUCCUAAUCCACCACAUCAUACAUAUCCAAUUCUUUGUCCUAUGAUACCAGCCCCUCCACCUCCACCACAUCCUGCUCCUCAUACUCCACAUCAUAUGAUAGCUGCAGCAGCUGCACAGUCUACAGUCCAGACUUACAUUCAUCAUCAUCAUCCUCAUCAACAUUCAGCAGCUGUUGGUAAUCAGCAACACCAUAUUCAAGUUAUUCUUCCUCACAGCCAAUGAUGACAACUUCAUAAUAGAGUCAUAUUUAAUUUAAUGUUAAAAAAGAAGAAGAAACCCACUAGAUGAGGGUGUAUGAUCCUUCCUGUGGUCAGUUGUCAAGUUUAAGCAUUAUGAAGCUUGGCAACUAAAUUUUAUAACUGCACUGUAAUUCCUUUUUUUAGAAAAUAUUGUAACAAUUAAUAAUAUCUGUUCCAAUCUCUAAAUUCAAUCAUUCAUCAUAUCAUAUUGUUUUUUAACUCAAUGAGUUAUGUUUUAAAAAAAAAAAAAACUGAAAGUAGUUUUAUGUUAAUCUAAUCAUUAAUAAGUAUUUGUUUUAUGAUUCAAUCAUAAAUAAAGCCCAGUUUACAUUUGAAUCUUGUCAGUAUAUAGUUAACAGAGAUACAAUAUAACUGCCUUUAAUAUGGAAUAUCUAUAUUCUAAUAUAGCUUUGAAGCUUAUUUUUUUUAUUAUCAUACUGCUUUCUCCUUUUUUUUUGGAGCAUUAAAAUUUUUGAAUUGAAAUAUAAAUUUAAAAAGUGUUAUAUCAGUUUCAGUUUUGUUAUUAUCGAUUUAAGAUAGAUUUUGUUAUUGAAUUCAAGUAGUUUAACUUUUUAAAAUAGUAAACUGCUUUGCUUAGGGGAUAUUUUAUUAUACUGUUAGCAAUUGGAGCAUUGAUAACCGUACUUUAAAGGAUAUCAAUGUAAAAUGCAAUAAUAAAGGAAAGUAAGACUUAUAUGUACUCUUAUAGUAUGUAAAUAUAUCAUCAUUUUUUUAACUUGUUAAAUUCAAAAGUUCUACUAGAAAAUUUAGUAAACAUUAAAUAAUAAAAUUAUAAUCAUAUCUAAAUAGUAUUAUUAUUGUUUAAUACUAUUUUAACGCUUUAUAAGCGUAAGCUAAACCACUAGAUUCACUUUGUGCCUGAUUAUAUUGUUAAAUUUAAGAUAUUUUUUUAAACUAAAAUUUUUGCAUAAGUUUAUAUUAAUCAAUUUAGAUAAGCUGAAUGCUUUAACAGUUAAUUAAGCUAUCAUAAUAAAUCAUAUCCAAUGGGUUUUUUUCUUAUCUAUUUGGUAAACUGAAGCAGAUGAUUUGUAUUGACUCUCAAUAAUUUCACCAGUAAAGUUCUCUCCACAAAGGUGCAUAUGUACACUUGUUUAUAAACAUACAAAUUACUACAGUUGUCUUCUUGUUACUAGUUGAAGACUGAAUUAGUUUAAUAUCAAGCAUUUUUGACGUUUAUAUGUUUAAUCAACUCUCAUAUUUGCCAGUAGCUUUGAAAUGAGCAUAUAUUUUGUAAAUGCAUAUCUUACUCUCAUUUUCAGUUUUCAGCAUUAGAUUUUUUAGUCUUUUUGUUUAUUCAUGGCAUUUUUAUUUGUGGUAAUCUUAAAUAUAUAUCUGAUUUUUUUGUGAGAUUAUAUAACACUUUAAAUUUAAACCUUAUCAAUGCUACUUGUGUUUCUUUUUAUUACAGAAUAUUAUUCUUUAUUAUUUUUUUUUUUUAUACGUUAUUUAAUUUUGGUAAAAUAUUGUUUUUGUGAAUAAGUGAGUGAGAGAAUAUAAGAAAGGGCAGUGUUCAUAAUUUAUUUGACAUUUCAUGACAUUAGAAUAAAGGCAAUAAUAAAAAGGUAAUAUUGUUUAAACUCAAAUUACUGAUAACAAGCAGUUUACAUAUCAUGCACCGAGAUUAUAACUGUUUAAUUCAAAAAUUUAAGUUUUGUAGUUAAUCUUUUAUUUGGAUUCCACACAGUUACGCAUACUAAUAAAAUAGAUUUGUCAGUAUUUUGAUGAAGUACUCAAUAUUUUGGGUUUCAAUAUAUUAACAUAUGUUGCUUAUUCCAAAUUAAAAUUUUAUUUUAACUUAUUAUAAAUUCCACUUUGGAAUUAAUGUAAUAAAUUAUUAAAAAUCUCUAUUUUUGAGUUAUACUGUGUUUAUUUAGGGAUAGAAUAUGUGAUCCUUGAUUAUUUGUUAAUUACUUUCUUUUGUUUUGUUGUUAUGGUUCAGCAGUUAUUGUUCUUUUACAAUUAUCACUUACUUAUCCUAUACUUGAUCAUAAUUACUCAAACAAUUAAUAGCAUGUAAUAUUGUGGGUCUGAGUUUAUUUAAGUUUUCUUUUAUAUUUUAAAAAAUAAUCAUAUUUUUUUCAAAUGAAAGCACCAUAAAAAAAUUUCAACCAUUUUAUUUAUAUUAUUUUAGUGAAUAAACACACCCACACAAAUUUAUAUAAAUAUGUUAAUUAAAUUCAUCUUAAUUGAAUUAAAACUAAAAGUAAUUAUUUUAUAAAAUCAUAAAUCCUGAAUUGAACUCUUAAUGUUUUAAUGUUCAUAAAUUAUUUAUAAUAAUUUCCUUUUUCUUUUUAUUAUCGAUAAACAAUUAAUUAUAUUAAUUUUGAUUCACAAAUGCCUAUUUAACUGAACCGGUUCAGAUUCUUAGAAGCUCUUAGCAGUUUCCCGUGAUAUAGAUUAUAUCCAAAUUUUUAAGGAAAUAAUAUUUAUAAUACUUGUUUAAUUUUCCGUGAUAAUCACAAACAGAAAGUAAAUGGAAUACAUAUUCAUUUGCUUAGUGCCUUUUAAUAUAUUGCGUGUCUGGCCAAUAAAUCAAUCACAUUGAACAAUUCAAAUUUUAUAUUGUUAGGAUAAAUUUAUUUAACGACAGAAGAAACAGCAUAUAAACAUUUGCAUAUUAUUUUUUUCUUUCCAGGCUAAGCUUGUUCAAAGAAUGUUCAUGGGAUUCACACUGUGUAAUGUUUUUGACAUUAUUGUAUAUAUAUAAAGUUCUGCAGUUAUAUUUGAAAUAAUGUCGGAACAUGCAAACACUCUGUUCUUGUUUUUCUAUAUAUUCACAUUUAUUAAAUAAUUUAUAACUUAAGAUAAAAUGCAGUACAGAUUGCAUUUUUAGAUGAGUAGGACGUAAUAUUACUCACUAUAACUUAAAUUUACAUCCCAUUUACUUUAAUAAAUAUUAAAUAUUUCAAUUUUAAAGCAUUACGUUAAGAUAAUGACUUUUUAAUUUUAAUUGAUACCAUGUAUGAUAUCAAGAUAAAGAAAGAAAAACAUAGCAGAGACAGCCUUAUGUUCUAAAAAGAAAUUGUAAACAUUUGUAUUUUAAUCUCAAUCUGCAAUUGAACUGUUAUGGUAAAGCACAUUAUCUUCUGUUGAAAUCAUAUACUAACAAUAUACGUUUAUUUAACAAUAUUUACAAAAAUAAAUUGUGUACUUUUUCUUAGUUUGAGAAAUAGUCAUAAGGAUAGACACCAAGGUAUUUACUAGAAUAUUAAGAACACUCAACCAAAAAAUUGAGUGAAAUAUAGGAAUUAACACUGUUUAUCUAUAUAUUGUAUAGUUCCUAAAAAAAUUGAAAUUGAACUUUGAAAUAAUAAACUUUUAAAAAUAUGAAAUCAUUUACUAAGAUAUGCAUAUGGUUAAUUAUAGUUAGAUAAAAUUUAUUUGUUUAUUUCAGUGUACUUUUGUUGAUACAAAUACAUUAUUGAUUUCUUGAAAAAUGUUGAGUAUAUAAAUUAUGUUAUAACAUACCUUUAUAUUUAGGAUUAUAUGCUUCUCUGUAUACCUAUAUACUGUGUGUCUUUAUAUGAACAAAAAAAAAAAACAAACAAAAAAACUGUUAUUUGGUAAUAAUGUAGUAUUUAAAAAAAAUUACAUUUGUGAUAUUUUAUGGAUAGCCUGUAAGUUUGUCUUUAUCCUGAGAAGAUAUGUAAACUGAGCUUUAAUUGUGUAUUUUGAUCUAUUCAUUUGUUACUUUUUGAUUUAUUUGAAUAGGUAAGUUAUUGCUUAUUAAAGUUUGUUUAACAACCUUUAGGAAAUUGCACCUAUAGAUAUACAUACUGCAUUCCAUUUGUUGGACAGGUCAUGAUAUAAACAGAACAUUGUCAUAGACUUUAAUUAUUUCAUGAUUGUAAUUCAGUGCUAACAGUUAAUUAUAUGUUAAUAAUUAAACUUUAGUUAAAAAAUUUAAUUUAUUUCAUCCCUAC